UCUAAUCAAGAUUGAUGAUGAAAAUACGACAACAACAACAACAACAACAAGUGUUCCAAAUCGAUAUCAUCAAAUCGGAAUGUUGGACAAUAAAAAUGAUUAUCAAUCGAUAAUAAUUAGUGAUAAUAAUAAUAAUAGUUCAUUAUUGGCUGAAACAAUUUUGAAUCAAUUUACAACCACCAGUGCUGAUUUUCCGUUCAAUGAUUAUUUAUCCACAACCACAACAACCGCUACAACGAUUGAUGCUCAACAAACGAAUCAAACAAUUGGUACGACGAUAAUAUUGGAACCAGAUUUACGUGUUCAUUAUCCUGGUCUCAGUAUAUUGCUUGGUAUCAUCUGUGUGAUCGUUGUAUUCGGUAAUGGUUUAACAAUGUUAUCAAUCUGCAAAGAACGUUAUCUACGUACGGUAACGAAUUAUUUUGUUGCAUCAUUAGCAUUUGCUGAUUGUUUAGUCGGCGCAAUUGUUAUGCCAUUUUCUGUUGUACAUGAAGUGAUGAAUAAAUGGUGGAUUUUCGGCCAAGAUUGGUGUGAUUUAUGGCAUAGUUUUGAUGUAUUGGCCAGUACGGCUAGUAUAUUGAAUCUUUGCAUCAUUUCAUUAGAUCGUUAUUGGGCAAUAACCGAUCCAAUUACCUAUCCAUCUAGGAUGACACCACGUAAAGCAUUUAUAUUUAUACUAAGCCUAUGGCUUUGUUCAGCCUUGAUUUCAUUUCCAGCCAUUGUUUGGUGGCGUGCUGUUGCCAAGAAACCAAUUGAACCAUAUCGUUGUAAUUUUACCGAAGAUGUUGGUUAUCUAGUGUUUUCAUCAAUCAUUUCAUUUUAUGGCCCAUUGACAAUUAUGGUUUUUACUUAUUAUCGUAUCUAUGUUGUUGCUAGUGAACAGAAUCGUUCAUUGAAAUUGGGUGUAAAACAGAUUGAAAUGUCAUAUAUUGGUCAUAUGAAUGCGGAUAAUAUCGGAUUAUCAUCACAACAGGCAAAUCUAUUACAUAGUAAUAGUGGCAGCACAAAUAAUAUUUCUUCAAAUAUUAAUAAUAAUGCUGAUUAUUAUCGUUCAAAUUUUACAUUACGAAUACAUCGUGGUGGUGGCGCUGCGGCCGCCGCUGCUGCUGCUGCUGGUAGUGUAGCUACCGCCACCAGCCCUACAACUAAUACUACUUUAUCGAUAUUAAAAAAGAAAAAAAAUUCAUCCAAAUCAACAACAAAACAACAACAACAACAACAAAACAAUUGGCAAAAAAUUGUGAUAUUAAAAAUGAUGAUGAUUCGUGAUCAGAAAAUGGAUCAUCCGAAUAAUAAUCAACAAAAACAGAAAACAAUAUUAAACAAUGAAUCAUCAUCAUCAUCAUCAAAUGUGAAUAGAAUAAUAUCUGCUAGUAGUAAUCAUAAUUCUAUGAUGAGCUUGAAUAAUAAAAACAAUUCUACAAUGGAUACAGAAAAACCGGUAACGAAUAAAAAACAAAAUAAUCAGAAUCACAAUCAUCACCAGAAUCAUGAUGAUGAUGAUGAUGAUAAUCAUAAUAAUAAUCAUCAUCAUAAUAAUCAUCAUCAUUCAACAACGGCGAAAACAAAUUUAUCCGUUGGACGACGGCUAACUAAAUUGGCAAAAGAACGAAAAGCGGCCAAAACAUUGGGAAUCGUAAUGGGUGUAUUCAUCUUAUGUUGGUUACCAUUUUUUGUUACAAACAUUUUGAUGGGAUUCUGUCCUGAUAGUUGUAUAAUGGAACCAGAUUUAGUUUUUUCCAUUGUCACUUGGCUUGGAUGGCUUAAUAGCGCAAUGAAUCCAAUUAUUUAUGCAUGUUGGUCAAAAGAUUUUCGUCGUGCAUUUCGUAAAUUAUUAUGUUCAUGUUUUAUGAGUAAUUCAACAUUAAGCUAUAAUCGUAAUCGGAUUUAUAAAGCACAUCAUUAUUAUUAUCAUCAUAAUCAUCAGAAUCAUAAUAAUCAACAACAACAACAGCAGCAAUCGUCGAAAUCAGAAUCACAAUCAUCAUCAUUCUUCUCAUUCGAUGCCAUCGACAAUGACGACAACUGUGGAACAAUAUAA